AUGAAGCAGCUUAAUAUCACUAUACCAUUCACAGAAGCCAUUACACAAAUGCCUUCAUAUUCUAAAUUCCUUAAAGAAAUCUUAUCUAAUAAGAAAAAGCUUGAGGAUAACGGAACUGUUAUGCUUACUGCUGAGUGUAUGCUAGAGAACAUUCUCGUUCGUAUAGGUCAAUUCUAUAUUCCCACCGACUUUGUAAUAAUGGAUAUAAAAGAGGAUUCCCACAUCCCUAUUAUUUUAGGAAGACCCUUUUUAGCCACAGCUGGAGCCAUCAUAGAUGUCAAGAAAGGAAAGCUAACUUCCAAAGUUGGGGAAGAAAAAUUUGAAUUUAUUUUAGCUCAAUUCUUACAGGCGCCAGCUAUGGAAGAUUCAUGUUGUCUCUUAGACGUCAUCGACGAAUGUGUGAAAGAAAUAGAGAGGGAACCAUCUAAGUAUACUGAAGUACUAAAGAUUCCAGCGCCUCCUAUAUUCGAACAUGAUAAUUGGCAUGAGCCAUACGUAGAUGACAGUCUAAGGGAAUUCUAG